CCUCCUCGCCGCUCCUCUCCCUCGCCUCCUCCUCCUCCUCCUCCUCUCUCCGCCUUUCCAGCUGCACCGGGAGCGGGCGCGGGGGCCGCGGCACGGACCUGCGUGGAGCGCGGAGCCGCCCGCGCAGCCUCCGCCGCCGAAGCGCAGAGAGCCCGGGUCAGCCCGCUCCCUCCGCUGCGUCCCGCGAGGCGAGGAAAGGCGUUUGACUCCGCGGAGGGAGCGGGACUGCCGGCCGCGCCCCGCGCCCGCGGAGAUGGUCCCCGCACCGCGCUGCUGCCGCCGACGCGCGCUGCCGGGCGACGCGCGCUGAGGGUGGCCGCGGAUCCUGCUCCAGCUGUCCUGUUUUAUGGAGCUGCAGGCUGGUGCCAGCCCAGCUCCACUGCUGCCUCCCGACGAUGCUGCUGGUCCUGGCGUGGAGAGACGCUCGGCAGCCCCGUGGAGCCUGAGAGCCGAGGUGGCAGUGGCGGUGGCCCCCCUGUGUGCUCCAGCUGACUACUAUGGCCGUGUACUGCUAUGCACUCAAUAGCUUGGUGAUGAUGAAUAGCAACAGCGAGGUGACAAGCGGCAGGAGCAAGACACCACCUCCUCCUGGACAAGUGCUGCCCAGGGGCCCAGAGACACCUGGCAGCUGCUGCCAGCUCCCUGUCUUCAGCCCGGCUCCCAUGCUGCCCCGCUCCCCGCACCGUGGUCCCACUUUCCUCUUCCCGCCACUCGAGGAGCCACCGCGGCAGCCAGGCAGCCCCGGUGGGCGGCGGGGCAGUCGGUCUGAGGGAGGACAGCCGGGAUCCCCCACGGCACGGCAGCUUCAGCGGGAGCUGCACAACGUCCAGGUGAACCAGAAAGUAGGGCUCUUCGAGGCACAGAUCCAGGCGCAGAGCUCUGCUGCCCAGCCGCCGCGGAGCCCCCGACUGGCCCGGCCCCGGCCUGCCAGCCCCAGUGCACCAGUGGUGGCACUUGGAAGUGGACCCCGGCCGCGAGCCUAUGGGGAGAGUGAGACCCCUGCUGCUGGUGGGGUGCAGGUCUGCCCGAGCACUGCAGAGCCCUUGGUGAGGCCAGUGGUGAUGGUGAUCCCAGCUAUAGGGCUGGCGGAGGGAAGCAGCUCCCCGCAGCCCUCAGGGCCUGCACUGCAGCAAGGUGAGGUGCUGGUGGUGGCCCCCACAGGACUUGAGGGCCAGUGCCCAGCUGUUGGCGGGAGCAUCCCUGCCGUCAUUGUCACGGACUUGGGGGGCCCGGAGGACGAGGCGGGCGCUGUGCCCCCCGGCAACCUGCCCGUCCGGAAACUAUCGUCAUCCUCAGCCUCUUCCACUGGCUUCUCUUCAUCCUGGGAGGAGUCCGAGGAGGACAUCUCCAGUGACCCCGAGCGCACCCUGGACCAGACACCGGCCUUCCUGCAGACCUUGGACCAGCAGAAGCCCCGAGUGAGCAAAUCAUGGCGGAAGAUCAAGAACAUGGUGCACUGGUCCCCAUUUGUGAUGUCUUUCAAGAAGAAGUAUCCUUGGAUCCAGCUAGCAGGACACGCAGGUAGUUUCAAGGCAGCAGCCAAUGGCAGGAUACUGAAGAAGCACUGUGAGUCAGAGCAGCGCUGCCUCGACCGCCUGAUGAACGAUGUCCUGAAGCCCUACGUUCCUGCCUACCAUGGUGAUGUCGUGAAAGACGGGGAGCGAUACAACCAGAUGGAAGAUCUGCUGGCUGAGUUUGACUCCCCCUGCGUUAUGGACUGCAAAAUGGGGGUCAGGACGUACUUGGAGGAGGAGCUGAUAAAGGCCCGGAAGAAGCCGAGCUUGCGGAAGGACAUGUACCAGAAGAUGAUCGAGGUGGAUCCUGACGCCCCCACCGAGGAGGAGAAUGUGCUGCGGGCAGUAACCAAGCCCCGCUACAUGCAGUGGAGGGAGACCAUCAGCUCAACCGCCACGCUGGGCUUCAGGAUCGAGGGGAUAAAGAAAGAGGAUGGCACUGUGAACCGGGACUUCAAGAAGACACGGACAAAGGAACAAGUCACAGAGGCCUUCAGGGAGUUCACCAGAGGGAACCGCAAUGUUUUGAACAGCUACCUAAACCGGUUGAAGGGUAUCCGCGCCACCCUGGAGACAUCCCCGUUCUUCAAGUGCCAUGAGGUCAUCGGGAGCUCCCUCCUGUUCAUUCACGACAAAAAGGAACAGGCCAAAGUCUGGAUGAUUGACUUUGGGAAAACCACCCCGCUGCCGGAGGGACAAGUUCUCCAGCACAACGUGCCCUGGGUGGAAGGGAACAGAGAGGACGGCUACCUCUGGGGGCUGGACAACCUCAUUCAGAUCCUGACAGAGUUGUCCCAGAGCGAAGACUUGCAUUAAAGCCACGUGUCCAACUCUGCCACUACCCCCAACCUGCCCCGACUGACUCUUCUGAACUGCACUACAAGACACUUUCCAGCCCUCGCCCAUCCCAUUUGAAAGCUAUACUCUCCCUAUUUAAUGUGGUUUUGUUGUGGUUUUUUUUAGGUUGUCUUGGGUUGUGUUUAUUCUUUUCCCUCUCAGUGUAAAUAGAGAGCAAACCUGCCAGAACAAAAGCUGAACUUGAAGCCGUCGCUUCGCAGCGCCAGCGAGAGCACAUGGCCGCAGCUUCGCCUGUCGAUAGGCGCCUCCGUCUCUCGUGCAGCCUGACCUUAACAGGGCCUUUGAGAGGGCUGGCAGAGGAAGGAGCCUCUCCCUGCACUGGGAUCGGUAGCUUCACCCCAAAAACACUCAGUGGUGUGCCUGGGACCCUCUGGCAGCCAGGGUGUGUGAGCAAGGCCUGGAGAUGGUGAAGGACACUGGGGUGGGAGCUCUUUGGUUGUUUUUGCCAGCACCCUUCGGCCUAGGGAGCUGGCUGUGCCGAGUCCUUCAGAGAUGCUAGAAGAGCAGAUUUGGGGUUUUCUUUGUCUUCAAGACAUCCCUUAGAGGUUGCUCAGUUAUUUUCAGGUGGCACUGGAGGGCGAGGGUUUCCCUCCUGCUGCAGGGCCACACCGUUGGGCCCAGGUACUUACCCUGGCCAGGUGCUUCCCACCCACGUUCCGCUGGCAUGGUGAGUAACACUCUGAGCUCCUCUCUAGAGACCCAGCUUCCCUGCUAGGAGCUACUUCCAGCCCUCCUUAGCUGGGGUCUCCAGGCCCUCCACAGGGAAUAAAAACUUCAGGCAGGGCUGAGGAAGAGAAAAAUAGCUUAUAAGGGACUACUAUGAGACCUAAAGUAGCUGUCUAAGUUGAUCAGGCUCUUUUGGCAGCAGGCAGGCACGUGUGUAGGGGUAGUGCCGCCAAUGCCCACGCACGGCCCAGGGUGACCCUCCCACCUGGGUAAUGUUUGGCAGCAGCAGACAAAGGAUUACAACAGCAAAGCAGCUCUCGAGGUGGCAGGGUUGGUCAUCUCUGGCGCAGCAGGGCUGGGGUCAGACAUCCCUGUGCCUUCCCUUUUUUCCACAGAGCUGUCUGGCUCUGAGGCUGCCCCUGGGUGCUGCCUUCCCAGCGUGCUGGGGCUGCACCGGCAGCCUCUGCGCUCCCGCUCCAGUGAAAACACCCAGUUCCCUGUUGAGGGUGGAGGCUAUUUUUUAACUUCCUGGAACAUUUGAACCAAACAACUUGCUAAAGGUCAGCCGUCAAGAGGACAGCGGGGAGGGGACGUCACAGGGCAAGCCAUGAGGAGAGCCCCUCGUGUUGACGACAGAAGGAGCGUGUGGUGCAGAAGCCAGGCAGCCACAAAUCCCUCCCAUGCUCCAUCCCCAAACCCACGGCCUCAUCCAGUUCCCAGAGCCCCUCUGCCAUGAUUCAGGCAGUCUGGCACCCUCAGGAGUCAGGGAGGUCUUGCGGCAGCAAUAAGGAGGAGGAGCUGGCCAUCGAGCCAUCUGUAGCCAUGCCCCAGUCUCUUUCCCAAGGACUGAAGCCUCCCAAGGUUUUUCUCAGUUUGUAUCUCACCAGACAGAUAACUUCAGCUCAUCCGAUGCCAUUGUAAAUGGUUGCACUGUUUUAGCUCCGUGCCAGGCUUUCUAGAAUAGCCCAUGUGGAAGUGCCUUAUAGACUUGCCUCUGUUCCACUAGUGUCAUGGGAAAGGUUGGGGUUCGUUUCCUUUUUUUUAAGUUAUAUUUAUUUUCAUCCCAUUUUAAUUGCACAAAACACUAAAACUUAAUGCAUGGAAACCCUCUUUUGUUUUUUUAAACCGUGUUUUUAGUUUUUAAACCAUCCCUUUCCCAGCUUUAGAGAAGGGGUGUGAACAGAUACGCAUAGAUACGUACCACUUACCGCUGUACUUCAGCUUCGAGCCGCUCUUCUAUAUGUAUAUUAUUUUUUAAGCCUGUUUAUAAACCAGAUUUCUUGCUUCAUGGCUUCGGAAGAGGCAGAUUGUUCCUCUCAGAUGUCUUAUGCCUUUGUGGAGACUGGAAUGGUUGCUGUGAGGGAUUUUCCCUGCUCCCACCUCCCCUCUUGGUCAGUGGGUAGUACAGAAAAAAGAUCCGAAGCAGUCUGAAACACCGACGCACAGUGCCUGUAAAAAAAGUCCUGUAACUUUGCAAAUAAAGGCAUAUGGGAAGCAUUU